UCCAUGCGCCUUUCCAUACCGAAUCCCUCUCCUCCCUUCUGUUCCGUUCUGAAUCUUCUCUCUCUCUGCAACUGCACGGAACACAUGCGCGCGCUCACACACAGAGCAUAAUUCUCACAAUCAAGGACGCUUCCUACGACAAUCGAAUUCGCGUCGUUCUCAGUUUUCAUGGAGCUCGGGAUUGAUGGCUCCAUUAAUGGUGAGACAAUAGCACAUGCUACCAUAGGAGAAGUUAGCAGUAGCUUUGUUGAUGAAGAUAAAAUUGCUAGCUGUUCCUUUGAUCCAGCUUACAAACAAGAUCAAGAUGGUAAUAUAACACAAGAUUCUUCUGUUUGCAACAAAGAGGGUUACAGAAUGCCCGAUAAGCGUGAAAAAAUUGUAAGGCAAAGGGCAGAGACAAGGGUUGGUUGCAGGGCAAUGAUUUUGGUGAGGAAAGUUAGUUCCGGUAAAUGGGUUGUCACAAAGUUUGUAAAGGAGCACACACACCCUUUGACACCUGGAAAAGGCAGAAGGGAUUGCAUUUAUGAACAAUAUCCGAAUGAACAUGAUAAAAUUCGAGAACUAUCUCAGCAAUUGGCUAUAGAGAAAAAACGGUGUGCAGCUUAUAAAAGGCAACUUGAAUUGUUAUUUGAACACAUUGAGGAGCAUAAUAAUAGUCUUUCAAAGAAAAUACAGCACAUAGUAGGCAAUGUGAAGGAGAUUGAAGCUGAAGAACAACAGCGUCAUAGAUAGGUUCAACUAUUAAUUUCUAGUAUUUGAGGUAUUUCACCGGAUGAAACACAAUCAAUGACCAGUGUUGAAGGUGCUACUAGGAAAAAUCAUGCAAGAAGUAUAUUUGCUGACCAAGGCAUAUGCUCCAUUUAGCAUUAGGUUCAUUUGGUAGAUUAGUUUUUCAAGUUCAAUGGAAUUCAUUGGACAACUUUAUAUGGUGUGAUACUUAAGUUGGUAGAAGAAACCAGUUCAGUCAAUGUACAGGUCCUUUUGAGUCCAUUCUUGUGUAGUUGUUCUAACAAUAUUAUGACCCAUAACAGGCAUUCAAAUGCCUUGAUAGAAUUUACUCCAUUGUUGAUUUUGUAAAUUUUGAUUCAAGCCUACCUUCUUUGUAUAGCAUUUAAAUAAUAAGCUUAUUCUGUACAGAAUGCCCUGACCAAAUAU